GACCGAUCGUGGGGUUGUGUAGUGCGUGAAUUUACCGCGCGGCAAUAGUGCUUGAUUGUUUGGUGAUAAAGCAAAGUAUAGUUGCAAAAAGGAACAAAAACCUACGGUGAAAAUAUGCUCGAUCGCAAGCAACCACUCGCGGAUGACGAAGAUCAACAGUUCAUUGCAAGUUUUAUGAAAACGAAAAAAUGGCGCAAGAUCGUUGAACUCGGGCAAGACCUUUUGCCGGCCCAGCGUUCCAACUAUCUGUGGGCCUGGCCGCUGGAGCAGGACAUCCAACGGUUGGGUGAGGUUUUCAAUCGGCUAGGCAUACGAUCGAUCGUCAGCGUAGGUUGCGGUACGGGUUUACUCGAGUGGAUCAUCGGUUGUGCGAACGAAACGGUUAAUGUGACAGGAGUCGAGCUCGAUGAAGAAUGGUGGACCUCAAAGUAUUCCCCAGCCCGGUACAUUCCACUAGCGUUUGUUGACGGUUCCGAGCGUUCGUUGCGAGAAGUAACCUCAAAAUGGCAAGCCGAACACCUCGACGCCCUGCUGUUUUGUUACUUCAACAACGGAGCGGCGUUCGAGCAGUACGUGAAAGAUUUUCCCGGUCGCUUUGUGAUAUUGAUCGGUCCCGGACCCGAGAAAGGCAUACACACCAGCCCGCUGCCUAUGGCCCCAGGAGAGGCCUUUUGCCGCGAGUGGCACAUUGCGGAGCAGUUCGAAAUUGGCAGCGAAAACGUUAACUGUAUUGCCAUUUAUGAACGAUCGUGCGGGCGUGCUGAAAGCACAACGACGUGAGAG